AUGUCCUUGGAUAACAUCAACAUCAUCCUCACCCAUCGUCAACUUCAUGAUGCUCUUCUUACAGCUCAACCCACCAUAACAGAAGAACCAGUGGACGUCGCAUUCAACGUGGGAGAUACCUUCGACUUGUCUUGUUUGGUCGACGCGAAUGGAGCCACUGUAUCGUCGGUGAACUGGUACAAGGACGACGUGCAGUUGGACUUCGUCAAUCCGGCGAACAGCCGCUACACCUUCGUCAACUCCGACCGCUUCACGUCCGGCGACCACGCAAUCCGUAUCACGGACGCCGUCGCCGCCGAAGACGUCGCCAUGUUCCACUGCGGCGUCACGGCGACGUCAUUCGCCGAAGUGGUGUCGCAGAAGGCGUCGCUAACAGUGUACGUUGCGACGACGAUGGAGGCAACAACAGAGGUGAUGACGACGAUGAUGAUGAUGAGUACGGGCCGAGGAGGCGGCGGGGAUGGAUCCUGGAGUCCGUGGGUUCCCGGACUGGACAAGUGCUGCGGAGGACCGGACCUAGUGCGCACGCGCGACUGUCUUCCUCUCGGUUCUACUUGCGUAGGUGAAAGUACAGAGACUCUGACCUGCACAGCUCUGUGCGUAACGAAGGGAGAAAUUCCGAAAUUCAAAAAAUGCAAAGUGCGAAAGACCAAUAACAAAAUCCUCACCGCGAAGUUCUGUCGGCAAUUCUGCAUGAGAGGCUACGUGUAUGAUAUCGCGACAGGAAAAUGUAUGGACCUUACCCCCUGAGAACCACCAGCCCGACGAACGAGCCAACUGAUCACUAUCAGUUAUAAAAAUAAU